AUCCCAAACACCAGAACAACACCCCCCGCCGCCUUGUUUUGCUGCAUACUGUCAUCCGAAGUGCUGACACCAUUCAGCCCUUACCAUUGCUUUGUAUUGCAGAACACCUGGAACAAUUGCUCCAGGCCUCUCACGACCGAAGUCAUUAACUGCACCCCAGUGUAAAGGUCAGCCUUGCAGCUUUGGAAGCCCCCUUAUUCUUUACUCAGCUUGCUGGCCUGUGUCCAUAUACAGGACAGACUUGCACCUAACAGAACCCUGGCUCUCCUGGCAUGCUGGCUGUUUCCUCUGAAUUGGAUGUGUCCCAGAAAAGAAGAUGAUAGGAAUGGGAAAUACAGGAAGCUUCAACAAUUAUGGAAGUCAUAGGAACAAAACCAACUGAGACAAGCUUCCUGGAUACAGUAAAGGUUAAUACAGUUAGAUGCAAACCAAAUAGAAGAUAUUACAAAGUCAUAUAAAUUGUUUUACUACAAGUGGAGAGCCAAUAGCAGUUUUACUCAGGCUUUGUCACUGUAACAGAAGGACUGGCUGUAAGAUGGAGCUGCCUGGUUUUGCAGUUGCUGUUUGGAUGUUUGUUUGCCUCUAUGCAUCUGUGGUUGGUUAUCCAAAUGGAAAAGUAAGAGAAGCCUGUACUAGCAUGGUACCUUGUCAUGGUAGCUCUCCUCAGCUGUCACCUGAGCACACCAUUACAGUGAAUGGGACUGAAUUUAAACCAGGGGACAACAUAGAAGUUCAUCUUUCUGGACCAGAUUUUGAAGGAUUUUUCAUACAAGCCCGGGAUGCAGAACACCUGGAUAGCCCUGCAGUUGGUUCUUUUGUGUUAGCUGACCGCAGACAUUCUCAGCUGCUGACAUGUGGUCGUACCAAGAAUUCAGCUGUCAGUCACACAAGUAAAGCAAAAAAGAAAGACAUAAAAGUCUAUUGGAUUGCUCCUGAAGAUGCUCCAAAACAUGUACAGUUUCUAGCCACAGUUGUGAAGAAAUACAGGAUUUUCUGGGUAAAAAUUCCAGGUCCCAUUGUUUCUCAGCCUGAUGUGCUGUCCCCGACACCACCUUUGCAUGCAACUUCAGAUGCUACGUCAACUUCACACCCAGUUUCCUCCAUAUCAAAGCCAUUUAGUGCAUCAGGUUGUGGAAUUACGAAGUUCUGCAUUAGGAACCCUAUAAACUGUGAUCCUGGGAGUGCUUCAUGUUUUUUCCUAUCCUUCCAACAAGAGGAGAGUUCAGUUUUUAUUGAAAUGAGUGGUCCAAGUGAAGGAUAUUUAGCAUUUGCAUUUUCCCAUGACCAGUGGAUGGGUGGUGAUGAUGCUUAUCUGUGUGUUAACGUGGAUCACCGCAUUCACGUGAGCACUGCCCAUCUGAAGGAGCGAAGUCAUCCUCUCUUGGAUUCAGAGAAUGCCCUUGAAGAUGUGUCAUGGAGGCUUGCAGAUGGUAUUCUUCAAUGUUCUUUCAGAAGGAGGAUUCAUCUCCCUGCUUAUAAAGGGAGAUUUAAUCUGGAUACCAGUUACUACAUCUUUCUGGCAGAUGGGGAAGCUAGUGAAGGUGGACUCAUAUACAAACAUCAUCGUCAGCCCCUGGUCACCAAUGGACUGUACAAUGUCACAGGCCUUCCUCAGGAUAUCGGAGGUUCCCGGGCCCCGCGGCUUAUCAAGGCUCAUGGAGCACUAAUGUUUGUUGCUUGGAUUACCACAGUUAGUAUUGGUGUUAUUGUUGCACGAUUCUUCAAACCUGUCUGGUCUCAUUCAUUCCUACUUGGAAAGGAGUUGUGGUUUCAGGUGCAUCGUAUGCUUAUGUUGACCACAGUCAUGCUUACAAGCAUUUCUUUUGUGUUGCCUUUUGUGUACCGAGGAGGUUGGAGCCAACAAGCAGGUUUUCAUCCUUAUCUUGGCUGUGCAGUGAUGGCUUUGACAAUCUUUCAACCACUCAUGGCAGGCUUCAGACCAUCUCGUCACGCGCCAAGGAGGCAACUGUUUAACUGGUUUCACUGGAGUACUGGUACAACAGCUAGAAUAUUAGCUGUUGUGACUAUGUUCUUGGGAAUGGAUCUGCCAGCACUUGACCUGCCAGACCCAUGGGACACCUAUGCAAUGAUUGGCUUUGUAGCUUGGCAUGUUGGUACUGAUGUUCUUCUGGAAAUACACAGCUACUGUCUCGUUCGUAAAGUUGAAGUGAUAGAAGAUGACAGAGUACAGAUACUGCAGUCACUCACGUCUGCAGAAGCAGAGGGUCGUCUGUUUAAACAGAUUGUGUUAAUCAUCUAUGUCUGUGGAAAUAUAGUAUUCCUUGUUGCCUUCCUGAUAGCAAUCAACCAAGUAUGAAAUAAGUAUUUGAGAAUUUUGUGACAAAAUACUGUGCAGUUGAAAAAUCUGCAAGGAAUACUUUUUACACAACUUUUUUCUCAACAUGGUCCUGAAGAUGUAAUGGAAGAAGAACAGCACAUGUAUGUCAUGCUCAGUGUUAGGGAGAUCUGGAAUUCAAAUCUAGAGAGAAAUCCUGCAGUCCUACAAAAGCUGUCUUCUGAUGGGACUUUAAUGGGAACCUUUGCUUGAGUAAGGAAUGAAAUCUCUAUUUUUUAAGCACACUAGUUUACUUGAUUGAAGCUUAUAGGUGAAAAGAAGACUGAGAAGAUAUGCCAAAAA